GCGCCGCGCUUCUGCUCCACCGGGUUCGCGCACGUACACCGCCAGUUGGCACCGGAGCCCGCCCAACCCUCGACCAACGCCCUCGCAACACCGCCGCCAUGUCGUCGCUGACGGCUGCGAUUGACCAGGAGAUGAAGGAGCAUCGAGAUGCCCGCAAGAACAGUGCAGGCCGGCGCGCCGAGAGCCCUCUGCCCGGCGGCCGCCAUAUGAGCCCUACACCGCGCCACUUGAACACUGAUGACGACCGGGUCCGCAGUGUCAGUCGCGGAAGCACGGGGAUACCGUUCGCCAUGCCGAAGAGCGCGCCGUCAUCGCCCCGCGGCAGCAGAAUGUCCGAUGCCACCCCGUACAAGUUCAAUUCGAUCGCAAGCGUCGCGCAGAGCGGCCCCAAGCCUCGAGCCAUGUCCUCGGUCUACGGCAACUCGGCCGGCUUUCUGGGCUCCGGCAGCCCUCGCGACCGACACAAUUCCAUGAGCGGCGCCUACAACAGAUCCAAGUCGGGGUCGCCAGGGCCAGGCCGCUCUGCAUCGCCGCGGUCGCGGGGUCCAGCCAUGUCGACCUCCGAGGCAAUGCGCAAAAUGUCCGAUUCCGCAAUGACCGACUCUGAGAGCGAAUACACAGCACCCCCUCGACGGAAGGCUUCAGAUCCCACCAAGGGCACGACGUCCGCGCCCGGCGGCGGCGUCCGGCUGACCACCGACGAUGACGGUGACGAAGGCGAAGGCGAAGACAGCGCUGCGGUAGAAAGUGACGAUAACAACUCCAGCUCCAGCGGGGACUGGGAUGAUGGCUGGGCCACGGGCUCCUCGGGCAACAAGAGCAGAGGUCGAAGGAGGUCGAGAACAGAGUCUGGUGGUACAGAUCGCUUGGGCAGAGAAAUUGUCACUGCGCAAAGUCUAUUCAAAACGGCCAAGGAGGAAGGACGAGACCUUCAAGCUUCUUUCAUGACCCGUGAGGAGCGGCAAGAAAAGCUGCGCAAGCUGAACGGACCAAUCAUCAACAUUGAGGGACCUGACGGCGAGAAGGCCAUGGUCCGGCGCAAGUCUACGGACGUGCAUCCACAUACUAGCUUUGACCAGGACAAUUCUAGGAUGCCCUCACCAAUGAGCUCUGAUGCCGAAGAUCACAUGGCUGAACUUCGGUCGGCCCAGCAGCUGGCUCUGCAAAUCACACCCAUUCAGUCAAGUCCCGAGGCUCACCGGUGUGUUCGCCAAAUCGUUCGCGGAGACUACACGCAAUUUGCACAAGAAGCAGAUACUGGCUUGAGGCGACAGCGUGUAUAUCUUGUAUCAACCGAUCUGAGUGAUGAAGCAGCAUACGCCUUGGAAUGGACGAUCGGUACCGUCCUACGCGAUGGGGAUACCCUUUUAGCCGUGUAUGCUGUUGACGAAGAAGUUGGUGUGGCUACCGAUGCCCUAGGCGCACCAGUCGCUCAGGGUACAACUGGAUUGCAGGAGGGAGCUCAUCUCAAAAGGACCCUGUCCGGCCACGAUGGCAUAUCCCAUAAUACUCCCUUGUCAAGCACUAUCGCAGCUGCUGAGGCUGAUGUCAGUAAGAUGGGCAAAGCAGAAAAGGAUCGCUACCAGGCUUGCGUAGAAGUAUCGGACCGGUGUGUCAAAUUGCUGAGAAAGACUCGACUCCAGGCCCGUGUUGUGGUCGAGGUAUUCCACUGCAAGAGCCCGAAGCACAUGAUCACGGAAGUCAUUGAUAUGUUGGAGCCAACUCUCGUCAUCCUCGGGUCUAGAGGACGCAACGCCCUCAAAGGUGUAUUGCUUGGCUCAUUCAGCAACUACCUUGUGACGAAGUCUUCGGUACCGGUUAUGGUUGCUAGGAAACGCCUGCGAAAGCACAGCAAAUACAAGCGACAGAAUCUGAGAAUGUCCAACGUCCUCACUGGCCCGGGCGACAAGCUCGCAAACGCCAAGAUUGACUAAAGUCGUUGUAUGGGGAUUUGUCAGUCUGUUGCGGUCUUCAAGGGCGAACACGCUUUAUCUAGUAGCAUUUCCGGUCGUUACGAAACCUGCAUAGUUUGGCAGACACGGCAGUGUAUACUUGACUUAGCACGGGGUUUGGAAUCCAUGUUUGAGCUCAUGAAACUCUUGUCUUCUUGAGGUUGCAGUGCUCUUGCUGGGGUGUGGGGCUAAAUAUACAUUGAUCUCCAGAGCCGGGCGGGAUCUGCCUCAAACGCAUUACGAUUCAGGGCUCAACGUUCAUCUUUCGCAGCUGACACAACGCGACAGCUCUAGGCAGUUCUGACAGUUGGCUUGUUCCAACCAUCUUUCCAUUCUCAGGUCACUGGCGUUGACGCGAAAUGAAAGGGUAGGUGCAGACAAGAAUUACUUUUGUCUUCGAGAAAUUCUAGCGUGCCUCAGCCCUGCAAAAGAAGGUGCAUGUUUCACUCCAAUUUCUUUUUGCA